AUGGCUGUUCGAGCGCAAUUUGAGAACUCAAACGACGUGGGCGUGUUUGCGACGUUGACGAAUUCCUAUGCCAUAGUCGCUUCCGGAGGAUCAGAGAACUUUUACAGCAUUUUCGAAUCUGAGCUUCAGGAUGUCAUACCCAUUUGCCGUGCCUCGAUAGCUGGAACAAGGAUCGUUGGUCGUUUGACAGCCGGAAACCGAAAGGGCCUUCUGGUGCCUACCACAACCACAGACCAGGAGCUCCAGCACCUACGCAACACGAUUCCAGAUAGCGUAAAGGUUCAGAGAACAGAAGAGAGGCUUUCCGCCUUAGGGAAUGUGAUAUGUUGCAACGACCAUGUUGCUCUCGUACACCCCGAUUUAGAGCGUGAGACGGAAGAAAUAAUAGCAGAUGUCCUCGGUGUAGAGGUAUUCCGUCAGACUAUCGCAGAUAACGUCCUAACAGGCUCUUACAUGGCUUUGUCAAACCGGGGUGGCAUCGUCCAUCCUAAAACAUCGAUACAAGACCAAGAUGAACUAUCCUCUCUUCUACAAGUGCCUCUUGUUGCCGGCAGUAUUAACCGCGGUUCUACCGUCGUCGGUGCUGGAAUGGUCGUUAACGACUGGCUAGCUAUUACUGGACUGGAUACUACCGCCACUGAGCUCAGUGUCGUGGAAAGCGUGUUCAAACUCGGUGAAGGUGCAGGUGGUGAGGGAACAGCUACCAAGGAAAGCAUCGUGGAGAGUUUCUACUGA